AUGACAAGUCAAGAGCCUGGUAUUUGUGAAAUUGAUCCUUGGUUAAAACCUUUUGCUCCCGCAAUAAAACGCAGACUUGAAUCAUAUAAAAAAUGGAUCAACCAAAAUGAAGGUGGUUAUGAUAAAUUUUCGCAUGGAUACGAACGUUUCGGUCUCAAUGUACUACCAAAUGGCGACAUUAUAUACCGCGAAUAG